UCAUCUUCAUUUCCAUCGUUUCCUACUUUCCCAUACGUGUAACUCUUUGGUCCAGAGUUACCAGAUAAAUAAUCAUCUAGGCAAAUUUAUAUGAAAAGAAAGGAAUAGUGUAAAGGGUUAAAUAGGUUGUAAAACAUGGUUACCUGGUGAGAAAGAAAAGGAAGAUAUUGGAGGGAUUAGAAGGCGAAACACGACGAGGUGUAUCCAAGUUGCAGGAUCACGUUUGACUUGGUGUCGUUGUCACCAAGUAUCGCUGAAGGGCAUUCAACAGUUUCCAUUGAAUAUUUUAAAUUGCAGAAAUUCUUGAAAACUUUGAGAAACUUAAUAAUUUGACGAGAAUCUCUAAUUUUUAAUUUCUAAUUUGUAAUUCAUAUGUUAUAUUGUAAAGGUAAUAUUUUGUCAUGAUUACUAGCCCAUCACUAGGUAUCUCGCGUUUGAGAAUUGGUUUACGUACACGGUCGCGUUCUCGUGGUCAAGGACGUUGGUGACAGGGUCUGUAGGGUGCGGGUCGAGGGGUCCCUGGCGAUGGAGUAGGUAUAUAUGGGCGACCUGACGCGUUCAGAAUACCAGAUUCAUGCAAGUUAGCCCUCCCCACGAAGCGGGUGGUGCGCUUUUAAAAAUUCAUCGCGAACCACUUGCCGGAGGAGUGUACACGGUGAGGCCGGUCGCGGCUUCUCAAUCAUCAUCGGUCAGUGCAGUAGAAUCAGGUGCCAUUGACGCUUCGGAUUUGAACAGCUUAGUACGGUAGACGCUGAAGAAGCUCUGCUUCUUCUUUAAGCCAAGAGAUGUUUUCUUGGCUCGUUCUAUUUCUGAUUGGCCAGUCGGUCGCAGGACCAUUUCAUCGAGCUUACAUUCAAGAAUAUUUGUUACCACCCCAAUGGAAUCUGGAUGAAAAAGAAGCGGACGUAGAGUUCAUCAACGCGAACGGGUUUCAAAGAAACGCGAUAGAAAAUCCGGUGGUAACCGAGAACACUCUGGACGAUGAUACGAUUACUCAUGUUGAAUACGGUUCUGAAAGAUUCCCAUUGCGUGAUGCGGUUGAAGCAUUGCCGGCGAAUCAAAUGAAUCUUCAAGCUGCGAGUCUGCUUUUACAAGAUAGCAAAGAGCCCAGUGGUCGAGUGCCUUUAAGAGACGCGGUUGAACAUCGAGAAGCACCAUUCUUCAGCAACGUAGAUCAUGAAUCUAUAUGGAUCGAACCCUUGGCUCCACCGACCCUUACCCGAACGCAUCAAAUCGUAGAUCCAAAAGUGGUGUGUCAUUUAGAUUCCGGUGCAGUUCACAGAGUGGAACCAUUUUCUCUGUUCCCUCAAUCCAUUCCAGAUUACAAAUGCAGUCAUUUAGUGUACGCUGCAGCCACUUUAGACCCAGAGGAAUUGGUUAUCGUUUCUAAGGAUCCCGACUACGACGAGAUUAAAGGUGGAUAUAAAGCGGUAACGGGACACCGAUCGAGGAACCCAGCUUUGCAAGUGCUUGUUUCGAUCGCAACAACGAACAGAGGUAAACUGUUCUCCGAAGUGACCAAGAACCAUUGUACCCUCCAUUGCGAGAGACUGGCCAAGUCUAUAUUGACAUUUUUGCGAGCACACGACUUUGACGGCGUUGAAAUCGACUGGGAAAAUUCAGCAGAACAUUCCAACGAUCUGAGGCUCCUUCUGAAUACGAUUAAAAAAUCCUUCGACGAGCAGGACGAGUAUACCUUAGCGGUAGCUCAGAGACCCGAGGAUCCGGUAGAUCAAGAGAUCACCUCUAUUGCCGAUUUGGUCCUUCUGAGAGCAUGGAGAGAGAGUCCAGCGUUCAGACGAGAAAAAUUGGCCCUUCAUCCAGCACCGUUGAGAUACGUUGUUCGUGCAACCAACAGAUGGAUCGAAAAUGUUCCACGCGAACACAGGUCGAAGAUCAUUCUUGGUGUACCGGUCUUUGGACAAGGGUACACCCUUAAAUUUGGCAACUUCACCGAUGCUGGUGCGCCCAUCAUCGGGCCACGCAAAGGGGGUGUAUACAACAAGCGACAAAAUGGACGGAUGGCUUAUUAUGAAAUUUGCGAGAAACUGGAGGAUGGAUUGUGGGUCUCCGGGAGAGACGAAGAAGGGCCGUACAUAAAGCGUGGCGACCAGUGGGUCGGCUACGAGGAUCCUCUGUCGGUGAAAAUAAAAGUUGCUUACGUUAGGUCAACGGGACUCGGCGGUGUGUCCCUGUGGUCUGUCGAUUUGGAUGAUUUUCAGGGAAUCUGCGGGAAUCCUUGGCCAAUGCUGAACGCCGCGAUAGAGUCAAUAGGUUUCUACGACGAGAAACGAGUGAAAAAUUGUACCACCGAGGGUCUCUUCACCGACCCAGACAACUGUUCUGGAUUUUAUUCUUGUUACAAUGGUGUACAAUAUCAGGGCCAAUGUGGACAGGGAAACUUCUUCAACUCGGCAAAUGGUCGUUGCGUAAAAGCGAAUACAGAAGUGUGCAAACCGAGGCAAGUAGACCGGAUUCAAGAUGGAGGUUCUUCGACUGAGAUACGAGAGGUAGAAGAAGCGCAAAAUUUAGAAAUCUCGCCAGAAAAAGGACCGCGCGUAGCUUGUUACGUAACAUCCUGGUCUCUCUAUCGCAAAGGAGAUGGAAUGUUCGCUCCUGAACGGCUUGACACACGAUUGUGCACCGAUGUGAUUUACGCUUUUGCUGGAUUGAAUCCAGACACCUUGCUUAUUCAACCGUUUGAUCCCUGGGCCGACAUAGAAAACAACCUAUACGAGCGUGUAACGAUGCUGAAGGGAUCCAGAGUGUUAUUGGCAAUCGGAGGAUGGACGGAUAGCACCGGUGAUAAAUAUUCACGCUUAAUAAGUAACGGUGCAUCUCGUCGCAAGUUUGUCGCGUCAACGAUCAACUUUUUGAAGAAGCACAAUUUCGAUGGGCUUUCAUUUGAAUGGAACUACCCGAGAUGUUGGCAAAGCGACUGCAGGAAAGGUCCCGAUACCGACAAGCCCAACUUGACUAAGCUGAUACGAGAACUGAAGAAGGAGUUCGAUCAACAAGAACCGAGACUCACGUUGGCUGUCGCGUUGUCAGGGUACAAGGAAAUAAUCGACAGAGGUUACGAAGUAUACGAGAUCUCGAAAAUUGUAGAUUUCAUGUCGAUUAUGACGUAUGAUUAUCACGGGGCUUGGGAGUCGAGGACAGGUCAUUUGUCGCCGUUGUUCGGAAGCGCUGCUGACCCUAAUCCAUACUAUAAUGUCAAUUCUACCGUCGAGUAUCUUGUCGGUCUUGGCGCGGAUAAAUCAAAACUUCUGAUAGGUGUACCCCUAUAUGGACAAGCAUAUAGAUUGUCCAGCGAAGAUCUGAAUGAUAUUGGUGAUCCUGCAACUGGACCUGGAACUGCUGGAGAGUUCACAAGACAGCCUGGCAUGUUGGCGUACUAUGAAAUCUGCGAUAGAAUUAAGAAUAAGGGAUGGAAGAAUGGAUUAGGUAAAAAGAAUCAGUUAAAGUAUUAGUCGGUUGUAUUUUUUUUUCUACAGUAUAAUGAUUUCAAACGUUCUUUCUGUGGUCCAAACGCUUACCACAGAGAUCAGUGGGUGGGCUACGAUGACAGAGAGAGCGUUUUUGCAAAAGGACGAUACAUUUUGCAGAAUGGUUUUGGAGGAGCUUCUUUGUGGACAGUGGAUUUGGACGACUUCUUAAAUCGUUGCUGUUCGGAAUCGUUCCCUUUGUUGAAAAGCAUUAAUCGUGCCUUAGGACGUUUGAAAAGCAAAGCUUCUGAAGGUUGCCAGCGACCACCCGAACCGGUCACACCUCAACCUCCAACUCUGACUCCUCACAGCGACGCCGUAGAUGGAACGCCACGUCCCACCACACCAAUUCCACAGUCGACCACGUGGCCAACGUGGACCGAGAAGCCGAGUACUUCCACUCAGAAAACGACCAGAACCACCUGGCCAACAUGGACGUGGAGCCAAAAACCAAGCAGUGGUCCAGACACAACUAGUAAACGACCACAGUCGACGACGCUCAGUAUGAGUACAACGCUCUCGUGGACUGAACCAACCAGCAGCAGCGUCUCUUCGACUUGGACGUCAACCAAGGAACCAAGCAACGAACCACCCGUGGAAAGUACAGAAGAUUCCUUGAAACCAGGAACGCCCUGUUACAUUGGCGAAUACGUACCAGAUCCAGGAAGCUGUAGCAGUUACUUUAGAUGCGUGCUUGGAGAGUUACAGCGGGAACAGUGCGCACCAGGAUUGCAUUGGGAUGCAAGACGAGCCAUUUGCGACUGGCCAACUGCGGCGAAAUGCAAUACGAUGACUAGCUCUACAACCCGUAGACCGACAUGGACCACCCCGAAGAGUACCACAACCACGUCAAAGUCGACAACAUUCUCGGGCUGGUCUACUUCGAAAGCUACCACCCAACGUCCACGUCCAUCUACCCAGAGGCCGGUUCAAAAGCCAGGAAAGAGUUGCGAACAUGGUCAAUACUAUGCAUAUCCGAAUUCUUGUACAAGUUUCUUGGUUUGCGUGAACGGGAACCUAGUUUCACAGCAAUGCGGUCCAGGAUUAAAUUGGAAUAAUGAGAAAAACAUGUGCGACUGGGCCUUCAAAGCUCCGUGCGAUAAACCAAUGAAAAGUGCUUCACUGAUCGCCGCCAAUUCCAAAUCUAGUCCUUGUAUUCCUGGAAGCUACUCAGGCGUUCCAGGAGAUUGUCAGAGUUAUCAAGCGUGUCUAUGGGGUCGCCACGAGGUAUUCAAGUGUGCUCCAGGUUUACAUUUCAAUCAGCAAACUAGAAUCUGCGAUUGGCCUUCCCGUGCUAAUUGCCAAGAGAAGAAUCCUACAUCGACCGAGGAUCGGGAGCCAAUCACAUCUACUACUAGUAGACCUACAAAUAGGCCUACCGAAGAACAUUGGGAACCAAGUACCACUCAACCUACCUCUACUACGUCAUCAACUCUCAUAGAUCCUGACAAAGUUUCUCCAUUAAGCGGAUAUUACAAAGUCGUUUGUUACUUUACAAAUUGGGCCUGGUAUCGAAGAGGGGUUGGUCGCUAUCUUCCUGAAAAUAUAGACCACACUUUGUGCACUCAUAUCGUUUACGGUUUCGCCGUAUUGGAUUAUUCAGAGCUGACCAUCAAGGCCCACGAUUCAUGGGCCGACUACGAUAAUCGUUUCUACGAACGAGUCGUCGCGUACAAGAAGCGAGGACUGAAGGUAUCCCUUGCACUAGGAGGGUGGAAUGAUUCUGCUGGAGACAAGUACAGUCGGUUGGUAAACAGUCCAACGGCCAGAAGGAAGUUUGUUUCUCAUGUCGUUCAAUUCUUAGAGAAAUACGAUUUCGAUGGACUUGAUUUAGACUGGGAGUAUCCGGUCUGCUGGCAAGUUGAUUGCAAGAAAGGUCCAGCCUCGGACAAACAGGGCUUCGCGGAUCUUCUGAAGGAACUGAGCAGUGAAAUGAAACCCAAAGGAUUGUUACUCAGCUCUGCCGUAUCACCGAGCAAGCAGGUCGUCGACAAAGGCUACGACGUUCCAGCUCUGGCUAAAUAUUUAGAUUGGAUCGCAGUGAUGACUUACGACUUCCAUGGACAAUGGGACAAAAAGACUGGUCACGUAGCACCGCUUUAUUAUCAUCCGGACGAUGACUAUUAUUACUUCAAUGCAAACUAUUCAAUCAACUACUGGAUCUCAAACGGUGCUCCCCGCAGAAACAUCGUCAUGGGAAUGCCACUCUAUGGUCAAUCAUUCACCAUCAACGAUCCUGGUGCUGGAGCAGGACUGAACGUUCCUGCCAGCGCUGGACAGGCUGGAGAGUUCACCAGAGCUGCCGGUUUCCUAGCCUACUAUGAGAUCUGCGACAGAAUUCGAAACCGUGGCUGGAACGUCGUUCAAGAUCCAGAACACAGAAUGGGUCCGUAUGCCUUUAAGGGCAACCAGUGGGUCAGCUUCGACGACGUUGAAUCCAUUCGAAGAAAAGCUCAGUACGUCAGAGAUAUGGGUUUGGGUGGUGGAAUGGUCUGGGCUUUAGACCUUGACGAUUUCCGUGGACGUUGCGGAGAGGGGCAGCAUCCUUUGAUGCACACCAUUCAAGGGGUGCUAUCUGACACUCCGAGCAAAGUUGACGAACCUUGCCGGCCACCGAUUGAGCAAUCGGAUUUAGAUCAAGCAGCGGUCACACCAGCACCUACAGUAGCAGCUGCUACUGUCACAACGGCUAUACCUUCUUCGACAUCCAAAGAUCACCUGCAAAGCGAUAGUGGAUUUAAAAUGAUCUGUUAUUUCACGAACUGGGCCUGGUAUCGACAAGAGGGAGGAAAAUUCUUACCCGAAGACAUAGAUACCGACUUGUGUACUCACGUUCUCUAUGGUUUCGCCGUCCUCGAUGGAUCACAGCUGACAAUCAAGUCACACGACCCAUGGGCUGAUAUUGAUAACAAGUUCUAUGAACGGGUAGCAGAUUUAAAAUCGAAAGGAAUAAAAGUAUUGAUGGCUAUCGGAGGCUGGAACGAUUCCGCAGGCGACAAAUACAGUCGCUUAGUGAAUUCACCAUCUGCGAGACGUAGAUUCAUUGAAAAUGUGAUACAGUUUAUAGAAAAAUAUGAGUUUCAGGGACUGGACUUGGAUUGGGAGUACCCGGUAUGCUGGCAGGUGGACUGCAACAGAGGCCCAGCCUCGGACAAGGAUGCUUUCGCCAGCUUCGUGAAGGAAUUGAGCGAACAAUUUCAACCGAGAGGGUUAUUGUUAUCCGCUGCGGUUUCCCCAAGCAAACGAGUUAUCGAUGCUGGUUACGACGUGCCCACCUUGGCUAAGUAUUUUGAUUGGAUAUCAGUCAUGACCUACGAUUAUCACGGUCAAUGGGAUAAGAAAACUGGUCAUGUUGCACCUCUCUAUAGUAUGCCUAACGAUUGGGAGCCGACCUUUAACGCGAACUUUUCGAUCCACUACUGGAUAGAGAUGGGUGCUCCACCCAACAAACUUGUUAUGGGAGUACCUAUGUACGGUCAGUCCUUCUCUUUGGCAGAGAGAAGUCAGAGAGGAUUAAAUGCGCCAACUUAUGGAGGAGGUGAAGCUGGAGAAGCAACGAGAGCCAGAGGUUUCUUGUCGUACUAUGAAAUAUGCGAGAGAACCUUGAAAAACGGUUGGACCGUUGUGGAGGAUAAAGAAAGACGUAUCGGUCCUUAUGCGUACAAGGGUGACCAGUGGGUCAGCUUCGACGAUGCGAAGCAAGUCAAGAUUAAAGCAGAAUUAAUAAAGGAUCUUGGAUUGGCUGGUGGUAUGGUAUGGGCGCUAGAUUUAGACGAUUUUAAGAAUAGAUGCGGCUGUGAACCUAGUCCACUUCUAAGAACCAUGAAUAGGGUUCUAAGAGGAUAUCCAAAAGGGCCUUUGUGUCCAGUUACGAACGAAUUCACAACGAUCGAUGACGACGAGCUUUACACGUCAACGACCACCCGUGAACCAAGCUGGGAACCUACAACUUCUCAAAGGCCAACAUACUUGCCGCCAACAUCAUCACCUGAAGAUUCGAGCUCAGAUAUUGAUGAUACCAUUGAAAUAGAUGUUGAAUCUCCAUGGGUGAUAGCUUCCCCGGAAGACUGCGAAGGUCGUUUGUUCAUUCCACACAAAAAGGACUGUUCCAAGUACUUUUUAUGCAAUUUCGGCAAGCUCACUGAACACUCUUGUCCGCGUGGUCUUUAUUGGAACGAGGAUCGUUGUGACUGGCCAGAGAAUACCAGGUGCAGGGAUACCCAACGACAGUCUAACGAGUUGUUGCCUCUAACUGCUGCCAAAGAAAAUCAGAAGAAAGUCAUAUGUUACUUGAUGGAAUGGGCAAGGAAACGACCAGGAGCAGGAAAGUUUUUGCCAGAAGAUAUAGAACCUAAUUUAUGCACGCAUGUCGUUUACGGACUCGCCACCUUGGAUAUAGAACAAUUAAUUAUACAAAAUCCACAAGAUAAUAGACAAAAGAAAUUUCUUAAUCGCAUAACAAGUAUGAGAAGUAGAACUGGAUUAAAAGUUCUGCUUGGUUUGGGUGGCUGGGAGGAAUCCAAGGACAGCAAAUAUAGCAAAUUGGCUCACAAUUCCUUAGAACGACAGAGAUUCGCACGCUAUGCUGCUCAGUACAUUGAAAACCAUGGAUUCGACGGUCUUGAUCUUAUUUGGGAAUAUCCAGUGUGUUGGCAGGUUAAUUGCAAUCGAGGACCAGCCAGCGACAGAGAAGCAUUCGCAGACUUAUUAAAGGACCUCAGUGCAACGUUUAAACCCAAGGGACUGCUUCUUUCGGCAGCUGUUUCAUCUAGCAAAAAUGUCAUUGAUGUUGCUUACAGCGUUCCAGCCUUAGUGCAAUAUCUUGACUGGAUAGGCGUGAUGAGUUAUGACUAUCACGGUUAUUGGGACAGCAAAACUGGCCAUGCGGCUCCCAUUUAUCAAGCAUCAAACAAACCAACCGAUCAUUUGAACGUGAACUUUUCGAUGUCAUAUUGGAUCGAGCAGGGCGUACCGUCCAAUAAACUUGUAAUGGGUGUGCCAACUUAUGGUCAGAGCUUCACCUUAUCCAGGGAACCGCUAACGACGGAAACACCGGCUUUGGACGUGGAAGUGUCUGGGCCUGGGUAUCCAGGGGAGUUCACCAAGUCUGCGGGUAUACUCGCAUACUACGAGAUAUGUAACAACGUGAGGUAUAGAGGCUGGUCAGCGGUCAAAGAUCCACAAAGUCUAGUCGGUCCGUACGCGACGAAGGGUGAUCAAUGGGUCAGUUACGAGGACGUGUCUACUGUAACGAAAAAGGCUGACAUCAUUAGGGAAUUAAAUCUUGGUGGGGCGAUGAUCUGGUCCUUGGAUCUGGAUGACUUCAGGAAUCAAUGCUCCUGCGGCAGGUAUCCGUUAAUAACGGCGCUGAGUCAAGAAAUAAAAGGAGAACGGGAUCAUAGGAUGGACUGUACUUGAAACCAAAGUGUCUCAAAGGUUCAUGGACGAUAAUUCUUUCACGUGCGUUUCACUAUCAUAAAUAUUGAUAAACCUCGAAUCGCUUGAGAAAACGUAUCGGGAUAGCGUAAACCACGGUACAAUGCAAAAUUGCAGCCUCGUCGCGUCACAAAAAUCAUUUAGAAAAAAACAAAAACUAGAAUAAUCUUGAGGAUUAUUGUAUUAUAUCGCAAUGUUCAACGACGUAAAUGAGAAUAUUUAAAUACGAUUUCAUUCAGAAAGUUGUUAUUGAUGUGUCAACAGGGCCCCCCAAGGACCAGGGCUCCCAUAAGACAAUUUUGCGUUUAAGAAUGCAAGAGUAACGUUUACUUGAAUAUUAAUCGAUGUAAAUGCAAAUCUAAAUUAGUUAUACAAGCUUUAAUGUUAAUUUUAUAAAUUUUAUUUGAGGUACUUUGUUUUAUGUCAUAUAUAUGAAGGGGCCCUUUUUCGGAGCUCGCCUCGGAUCCCCGAAAUCUCAGGUCCGGCCCUGUCUGUUAAAAUGUGACCGUGCAGAUAAAUAUUGUACGAUAGUUCGAUUUGGUUCGAUUCGAUAGUGGAUUACAUAAGUUAAAUAUGACGUUUCUUCAUUUUUACGCAACAAGAAAGAAUUCGGAAAGAUAAACAAUAAAUUGCAGACGCAGAACGUACGGAGAGGUGAAGGAAAAUAUUUACGAGCGAACGAUGAUAACUAUGUAUUGCAAAAACUCUUUUGAGUGACGUGUACUACGGAAUUUCAUCCUAGCAUUAUUAUAAGUGGAAGAAGUGAAACUGUCAACGUGUCUCCUGAGAAGGCGAUGUCUCGCUUAAUUAUACACGCAAUUGUCAUGUAACAUAUUCCCCUGCGAGCAGCGUGACGAAGUAUUUGUGUGAUUGCGUAUCGCGGGACUCGGGUCGUUGGAAAGGAACCUUUUGUAAAAGAAAAUAUCAAUCACGUUUCGCGCAUUGUCAUUCGAACCUUGGAGACAUGCACGAUUACCAAGCUCCAGACUAUCGAUAUGAUGCAAUAUGAUAAGUGAAAUCUUCAUACAGGAAACACUUUUCCCUUCCUUCCAGAAGAACGAUACCGUUUAUAUAAAUAAAUUACAAUUUAUUAGAUAAA